AUGGGCAUCAACAUCCUCGUGCUCACGUUCGAGUACGACGCCUUCACCUUCAGCGGCAACGGCGUCUACGCCCAGUCGCUCGUGCGGGGCCUCGAGAUGGUGGAGGGCGUGAGCGUGGACGUCGUCUGCGGCGGCCCCUUCGGCGCCGAGAACUGCCAGCCGCCGAGCAAGGCGGCCGUCGUCGUGAACCUGCCGCGCUGGGGCCACCUCGACGCGAGCUGCUGCUUCCGCGAGUUCGCGGCCCAGGUGAACGCGCGCCUCGACGAGUACUACGAGAGCCGCGCGUGGCCGGACCUCGUGCUCGGCGUCGACUGGCACGUGCUCCAGGUCUACGAGCACCUCUCGCGGAAGAAGCCCCUGCCCAUGGUCUACCUCAACUUCCGCGUCUUCUCGCGGUCCGGCCCGCCGGGCGCGUCGCAACACGGCGCGGCCUUCUUCAAGGCCCAGGAGUUCGCGAUGAUGGACCGGUCCUGGCUCACGCUCGCCCUCAGCGAGACCGACGCGGCCUGCCUCCGCGAGCUCCACCCGAACGCCGAGGUCCGCGUGCUCCUGCCGCCGAUCCGCGCGGACGUCAUGGCGCGCGCGCAGCGGCCGCUGAGGAAGGCGGACGUGCCCGAGCGGCACCUCAUCACGUGCUGCGUGCGCCUGAGCGACGAGAAGGAGCCGGAGCGCUUCGUGCGGCUCGUGGAGAACCUGGCGGAGCGCAAGGCCUUCGACGGCGUCUUCGGCUACAAGGUCGGCCUGCGGCCCGUGCUCGUCACGGGCCGCUGCGACGUGGACACGCCCCUCGUGCGCCGCUUCCUCGACGCCCACCCGGAGACGGACGUCUACGCGUUCCUCGACGCCGAGGGCCUCGAGGAGCUCUACCGCAAGUCGCUCCUCCACGUGCACCCGCCGGCCUACGACCCGUUCGGCAUGGCCGUCGCCGAGGCCGCGGCCUUUGGGGCGCCCACGGUCUUCCUCAAGGGCGCCGACGUCGGCGCGAAGACGAUCCUGCAACGGGGCGACACGCCGGAGCUCGACCCGCGCACGGGCAAGGAGCUCUUCGACCAGGACGCGUUCUUCGAGUUCGACCUCGACGACGACCACGCGGGCUACGUCGCGCCCGAGGACCGGCCGACGACGGCGGACCUCGAGCAGCUCGACGAGUUCGACCGGCGGCGCUGGAUCCACAAGCACGAGGACGCGGUCACGGAGCUCCUGCGCCUCGUCCGCGACGAGUCGCGGCUCCGCGACGUCGGCCGCCUCGCGAAGAAGCGCGCGCUGCCCUGGACGGAGAAGGCCCACGGCGCGCGGCUCAUGGACUUCCUCGUGCCCAUCCUCUCCGAGGCCCAGGAGGCGAAGCGCCAGCUCCAGGUCAAGGAGGAGCGCGUCCGGCCCAAGGGCGGCCGCGUGCGCCUCCAGAACUUCCGCCGGCCCGAGCCCGCGCCCAUCAAGAAGUGCUGGGUCUAA